AUGGCAUCAUUAUACCCAUUAAAGUUUAACGAGAAACUUGCAUUCUUUUAUAAUACCGUUGCUGCAACCCUAUGGUUUUGUUGCUUAGGUAGAUUUCUUAUUUUACUUCCUUUAGUGGGUAGAAAAUUCCUACCUGGUGGAAUGGCUGAUUUCUUUCAUGUGGUUUCUGUACUACCGAUAAUCGAAACAUUAUUUGUAAAAUCAGCAUUAAGGAAAAGAUUUACAUUAACAUCCUUAUGGGGGGUUCUGAAUGGAUUGAAAAUGGUGUGGCUAUGUUAUGGUGUUAUAUUUCCUCAUCCCAAAAUAGCUAAACAUACAUCAUAUUCAUUGUUAAUUACUUCUUGGUGUCUUCAAUAUUUUAUUCAUUACUUUUAUUAUGCAUUUAAAGUGAAAACAAAAAGUUCAUUUCAUUUCUUGUUUUGGUUAGAAUAUAAUAGUUUUUAUUUGACAUAUCCCUUAGGUUUGAUAGCUGAAAUGAUUCUUUUGUUUUUAAGUCUUGCUUUUGUUAAACAAGAUUCGAUAUAUGAAUACUUUUUAAGAGCAGCAUUUUUGUCUUAUAUUCCAAUAGCGUAUUUUGCUUGGGGUCAUUUGAAAUCAAGAAAGAAGAGAAGAUACACCGAAAUAAUGAAUAAAAGAAAUGUCAGACAAGUGGCAACAUUAGAAAGUAUUAGUACUAACACCACAUCUAUUGAAUUGAAAGAAAUGUAA